AUGGGCGUCGACCGCCCGAUCACCGAGUUCUUCAAGCCGCUCAAGGAGAACAAACGCGGGCACAAACGACGGCGAGAGCAGGAGGACGCAGAUGAGUCCCCCGGCGCGAAGGCACGCAAGGCUGGGUCCAGCAAGGCCUCCUCCUGUGUCCUCCGCAGUACUGUCACGGCGAACAAGAUCAAGAACACGGCCCCUCUGGAUGCGAACCGAAUCGAUGAAUCAGCGGGGGCGAACCGCCGGGAAGUAGGGCCCUCGUCGUCCGUCUCGCCUCCGAGCAUCGGUAUAGGGCGAAGCAGCUCAAAACCACUGCUGCUGGACGCAGGGACGUCGCUCAGCACGCCCAUCGGAUCGAGGAUCAGCGCCCUCACUCUGCAUACGCCACCGCUCACCGGCCACCCGCCCGAGAAGCGGCCGACCGUGGGCGAUGCUCGUGUAGCAGCUGCGACGAAGAGAUUUCCUGACCGCCAUGCUCUGCCUACUCCUGUCACCCUCCCCCGUCGACGCACCUCGCGCGAGUCGCCUCCUCCGGGGCCGAAGUCCUCGCAGGAUCCUCCGAGCAGUCCUCCCUUCAAGUUCCCCUUCAGAAUUUCCGAAGAGAUCGUGCCGUCGUCUCAGCCUACACAGGACUGGCUACGAUCCCCGCGCAAGCCAGCUUCUCACAACAGAGGGGACGACACCGUCUUCAAGGUCCCACGCACGCCUGUAUCGCGGCGGCGCUGGGACGACGAGGUGCCUUCGUCGCAGUCUCCGAUUGCCCUCGACUCGGAUGACUGCGUGGGCACGUCACAGUCCCAGGAGCGCUUCCCGCUCUUGGGGUGGAGGUCGCGCAGCACAUCCCCGGUCAAAUCACGGUCCCCCGUCAAGCCUAUAUCUCGGCACGAAGUUGCCUCGAGCGUCGCAGACGAAGACACCUCAUACCAGCGCAUGCUCGGCGGCUCGCAACCUCUCUCAUCCCCGCACCGGCAGGUCCCCUCCUCCCCUCCCGGCUCGCCGGCGUCUCGCCCCCUCUCUCAGUACACGGAGACCGAGCCUGGCUCGUACGACUAUCUGUGGAACCUGAGAUCUGCAGAGGGCGAGCACGCGGAGGAAGACACCUCCCGAUCGUCCAAGGACGACGCAUGUUCCCAAUCGUCCUCGCAGACGGUCCCCGGGACGUACGACGAUCGCGACAAGUGGCCGACACCGCUGCCGUCUAGGACGAAGCUUCGGGUGAAGACGUCGGUGGAGACGCAGCUCAGUACAACGUCGCCUCUGGAGGCUCAGCCUCGGGUGAGGCUGCAAUCGGAGACACAGCCAAGCGCUACACCGGCGGAGACCCAGCCAAGCGCUCCGUCAUCGGGGACGCAGUCAAGCGCUACGCCUGCGGAGACCCCGUCGUCGUCGCCGCAGUUGAGCCCAACGCAGCCGAUGACGUGCGAUCUUUGGACGGCCGAGGAUUUUGCGCACCUCAGGAAGAAUGCCGCGCGCGGUAAAGGGAAGACUGUCGCUCGCGGUGAAGGGAAGUCUGUCGCGCGCAAGAAAGGGAAUGAGGACGAUGCUCAAGGCUCGCGGGAUGGCGAGCGUGAAGCGCACGACGAGGAGCAUGAAGCGCACGACAAAGAGUCUGAAGUGCACGACGAAGAGGCGUCGCAGGCCGAGGUCAACGACUCGCAGGCGCAGUUCGACGAUUCGCAGGCAGGCCUCGACGACUCAUUUGGCUCAGACUUUUCUCUGGGAUUGUACGCUGGCGAAGGCAGCUUCCCAGACGACUUCCCUGAGUCGCUGAAGCUGUGA